UCUCCAUCAUCACCAGAACACACCCUCCAAUGUCUGCCUUAGAGGAAGUCGUCUAUCACCCCAAGGCCCCCAUCCAAGAGGGUCUCCAGGCCGGCGCUAUCGGUGCCGGUGUUGGUCUCCUCGUCUCUGCAGCCCAGAAUUCGGUCGGAUCACAUUCAUACGGUGCUACAGGUGUUUUCGCACGAACCGGUGGUACCAUUGGCAUCUUUGCGGCUAUGGCCGGUGUUUUUGCUGCAACUGACUCAGCUGUUGCAAAUGCUCGCCAAACCAAGGAUGCAUGGAAUUCAGUUGCCGCUGGAUGUGCUUCAGGAUUGGUUGCUGGCGGUUUCCAGCGAAAUGCUCAGACUAUGGUUUUUGGAUGCUUGGGUAUGGGUACUAUGAUGGGUAUUUUUGAUCUUAGUGGAAACUCAUUGAAGGGCAAGUACGCCGAAAUAGCUGAACAGCAGAAGCAGGAGUGGAGGGAGUCGCAGUUGAAGACCAAGUAAGACGAAGGUCGACGGUGCACGGAAAUUUAUCGAAGGAAACGAGGAAACAAAAUCUAUCAGAUUUUGUUGUUAUUGAGAACGAACAGAGCACACAUAGAACGCGAAAAGAAUCUUGAUAGCGACAGCAAUAAAAAUGAAUAAUACCAGUGUUCA